GAGAGAGAGCGACAGGGCGUGACCAGAGCGGGCGACACACCUGUUUCUGUCCUCGGGGGUUUGGGAGGGUGAGCAGAACGAGAACAAAACAGAGAGGGAGAAAGAAAGGAAAGAGGCGACAAGUGACAGCGGCGUCCCUCUCGGCGUCCCUCUCGGCGUCCCUCUUCGCGUCCCUCGGCGUCCCUCUCGGCUCCCACGCACACGGACCACUUCCUGCGCUCCCUCCUGCCAAUCAGGUGCUCUGAGCUCCCGCCCACGAAGAUGCCGCGUGUGAGGUGGUUCGGCGCUCACCUGGCCGCCGUGUGGGUGUUGACCGUGUACCUGAACGCAGGCGUGGGCGUGUCCAUGCAGGUGACCUCCACGGGGCCGCAGACCUUGCAGAUCGCCCAAGGGAGCACGGCGGCCAUGGGCUGCACCUACACGCCGGGGCCCUCGGACACGGGCGAGCUGGACAUCGAGUGGUCCAUCGUGAGCCCGGACAUGACGCGGAAAGACCACCUGGUGCUGGCCUUCGUGGGAAGUAAAGAGUACAGGUACGGGAUGCCGGAGCUCAUGAAGCGCAUGGAGUUCAGCGCUCCGGACCCCAGCAAGGGCGACGCCUCGGUGACGAUCGCGGAUCUGCGGGUCUCCGACACGGCCACCUACCAGUGCAAAGUGAAGAAGACGCCGGGCGUGGACACGCGCAAGAUCACGGUCGUGGUCCACGUGCCUCCGUCGACACCCCGCUGUUGGGUGGAGGGCGGCGAGGAGAUCGGGGGUCCCGUGUCCCUGCGCUGCGGCGCCUCCCACGGCACCACACCCAUGAGCUACCAGUGGACGAGGGAGAGCGGGGGUGCCAUCCCGGCCAGCGUCACACAGGACCCGUCGAGCGGCGAGCUGCUCAUCCGAAACCACUCGGAGAGCUUCGCGGGCAACUACCUGUGUGAGGCGAAGAACUCGGUGGGCAGCCAGCAGUGCCGGUACACCCUGCGGGCGUUCCAGCCCACCAACAAGACGGCGGUGAUCGUGGGCUCUGUGAUCGGUGCUCUGCUGCUGCUGCUCCUCCUCCUGCUGCUCAUCUGGCUGCUCAUCUGUCUUUGCCACAAGCGGCGCUACGAGAAGGAGGUGGCCAACGAGAUCCGGGAGGACGCCGCGGCCCCCGAGAGUCGCCCCGGCAGCCGCUGCUCCAGCUUCCGCUCGGUGAUGGGCUACCGCACGCACCCCGGCAUCGCCUACAGCCCCGUGAGGAGGGGCCCGUCGCACAGCGCCUCCGAUCUCAGCGGCUUCCGCAAGGGGGGCCUCCAGGCGUCGCCGCCGCCGCCGCCGCUGCCGCCGCCCGUCAACGGCUACGGCGGCAAGUACGGAUACCCCGUGUGAGGGGCCGCGGGCGGCGGGGGGCCGAGUCGCAGCAGCUCCGCCCAGCCCGGCCGGGGCGCGGGGCCCCGGACCGUACAGUACGGGAACGAAAAGGGUGUAAAAGAGAAUCUCCACAUGUACGUGACGCUACUGCCUGUAAAUACGCAUCUUUCUUCAUGUACAGGAAGCGAGAACCUGCCAAGGUAGCAAUUUGUUUCACCGUGCUGAUUUUACCGCGGUGAGGGAGUGCCCUGCACAUACAGUAUGUGGCAGAGGCACCGCUGAGAAGCGCGAUUCGUUCUCGUGCCGCGAUUGGCAGCGAUGAACAUGGAAAUUGGGCACGAUGAGGAGGGAAGGAGCCCGGUUACCCUGAGUAAAUGCAGGAGGUAAAAUAGAGGUAAAAUAAAAAGCUGCCGCAGCUGCUGUUCUUCCGAGUUCUUCCCUUUCAUAAAACAAUAAAUGUAACUUUAAACGUUGGAGAAAUGC